AUGUCCGAGGAGACUAUUCUCAAGGUGAUGGAGGAUAUUACGACGGAGUCUGGAGCUGGGCGUCCUGCCAUAGACCCGCUGGCAGUCACUGAACUGGUGGUCACCCAAGGCAACGGCACCGUCAGCGUCAGCUUACGCUUCUCCAACCUCCACAUGACAGGCCUGGGCAGCAUGAAGAUAUGCGCCGUCUGGUUUGACACACAAACCUAUGACCUCGAAACAGAGCUACACAUGGAGGAUCCAACAAGUCUGCAGGAUGCCUACAAUGUCAAUGGUCAGGUGCUUGUGCUUCCCAUUAUGGGAACUGACAACUGCAACAUCACACUUGGUAUGAGAUUCUGA